UAUCUUGUUAUUUUUUAUGUUAAAAAUUAAUGAUUAAUAAUUACAGGCUGUCUUACUGGAAGCCCUCUAAUUCAGAGAUUAAUUCGGAAGGGAUAUAUAAGCCUUCUGUCCACUCUCUCUCCCCUUGAGCUUCCUUUACAAUUCUUUUCCAAGGAAGGUGUAGGCCUGUUAAGGGCGGUUAUGCGCUAAGCGUCUGGGUAUGAGCGGUUGAGUUUGCAAAUCUCUCGAGGGCAGUGUGAAUAAUAUUCGAGCGAUUCAUCAAAGUUUCGAUCAUGUGCGACAUCAUGUCUGGACCUCUUGAUCGCCCCAUGAAACCCGGUCUUGAGAGACCCGAUGCCGAGAACCCUGAGGAUGAGAGGAGGUCUACUAAGCUCGGGUCGUUGAAGAAAAAGGCAAUCAAUGCUUCGUCCAAGUUCCGGCACUCCCUGACCAGGAGGAGCCGUAGGAACAACAGGGUCAUGUCUGUCUCGAUCGUGGAUGACAUUGACGCCGAGGAGCUCCAGGCUGUUGAUGCAUUCCGUCAGGCGCUUAUCCUGGAUGAACUUUUGCCAUCAAAACACGAUGAUCAUCAUAUGAUGCUCAGGUUUCUGAAGGCGAGAAAGUUCGACAUCGAUAAGACCAAGCAGAUGUGGUCUGACAUGCUCCAGUGGAGGAAGGAGUUUGGUGCAGACACGAUCAUAGAGGAUUUUGAGUUCAAGGAAAUCGAUCAAGUCCUGGAACACUAUCCUCAAGGUCACCACGGCAUUGACAAGGAUGGGAGGCCAGUCUACAUCGAGAGGCUUGGGAAGGUUGACCCCAACAAGCUGAUGCAGGUCACCACAAUGGACCGGUACGUGAAGUACCACGUCCGGGAGUUCGAGAGGACUUUUGUUGUUAAGUUCCCAGCUUGUUCAAUAGCAGCCAAGAAGCACAUUGAUCAGAGCACAACUAUCUUGGACGUCCAAGGAGUGGGGCUCAAGAACUUCAAUAAAGCUGCAAGGGAACUCAUCGUCCGCCUUCAAAAGAUCGAUGGCGACAACUACCCCGAGACCCUGAACCGCAUGUUUAUCAUCAAUGCUGGUUCCGGGUUCAGGCUGUUGUGGAACACUGUCAAGUCAUUCCUUGACCCGAAGACCACGGCUAAGAUCCACGUUCUCGGCAACAAAUACCAGAGCAAAUUGCUCGAGAUCAUCGAUGCCAGUGAGCUGCCCGAGUUUUUGGGUGGCACUUGCACUUGUGCUGACAAGGGAGGCUGCAUGAGGUCUGAUAAAGGACCAUGGAACGAUCCUGAGAUCCUGAAGAUGGUUCAGAAUGGUGAUGCCAAAUGCCAGAGGAGGACUCUAGCUGAUGUCGAGGAGAAGACAAUCUCUGAAGAUGAGGCAGUACAGUCAAAGAAACAAAGUUCUUUCAACUGGGAAUCAGUUCCAAGUGCCGAGCAACCGACUGUGAAGGCUCAGCAGCUUUCUCCGGUCCAUGAAGAAGCUCCCGUCAAGAAGUGCCAGGAUGGCUUUAACUAUGACAACUUCAUUCCCAUGGUAGACAAGCCCGUGGACAUGGCUUGGCCUCAGGCUGUAUCGAAUGAGAAGUUCGCCCUCUCCAAAGCUGAUUGCUUGGCCCUGCAAGAGGCUUGCAAAGCGUCCGAGGGCUUCAGCAACCAUCUCUUCAACGGCGUCCUAGCGAUCGUGAUGGGUAUCGUCACAAUGGUCCGCCUGACCAAGAACAUGCCCAAGAAGCUGACUGAUGGCACCCUCUACUCAAGCCCUGUGUACUAUGUGGGCAGUUCAGUCCAGUCAAAGGGCGGCCACCAGUUGCCUGAGCAAGGCAUCUCGACCUCUGAGUACAUGACCAUGCUCAAGAGGAUGGCCGAGCUCGAGGAUAAGGUGAGUGCCCUCUGCAUGAAGCAGAGCGUCAUGCCACCCGAGAAGGAGGAGAUGCUCAACACCGCAAUUAGCCGGGUGGAAGCCCUGGAGCAUGAGCUAUCUUCUACUAAGAAGGCGCUGGAGGAGUCCCUCUCCCGGCAGAAUGAACUCCUCGCUUACAUCGAGAAGAAGAAGAAGAAGAAGAAGUUGUUCUCGUGGUGAAGCAGUCUGCUCCAGUUCUGUUCAGAUCCUCCAGAAUGAGUGCUCAUAAAUUUAUUUGCUGGAACUUGGUUGAGAUUUCUUUCCAGCUACAUUACAUAUAACAUAUCUAUGUUCAAAGUCUUGAUAGCCUAAGUUUGUCUGCCUUCGAUACUCGACCUUGUACAAUACGAGUUUGAAGUUUGUUCGUCGGAGCUUGUCUCAAGUAAUCCGGACUGUUUGUUUGUAUUCGUCAAAAAGGUUAUAGGGAUGAUUAAUAGCUCGGGAACCUCUUCCCCAGUUAAACUUCAUCAAAUUCUCCCUUAAUAAAAUGUUACAUAUGACUAAAUUCCGAAUAAUUCGGAACAGUCUUCUGGUUUUUAUUCUCUCUUAAGAUUGUUUCAAAGAUCAGAUGAGCAUAGAAGAGAUUAUGAUAUUUUCUGGGUUCCAUUGUCCUUUACUGGAAAAGAGGAGGAGAAAAGAUAGC